AUGGUGUCUGCUAAGAGAAAAGGCCUAGAAGGCGAGGAUGACAGCGCCAGUCAUCCGCAGAAGAAGGCUCCUGGCAAAAAGCGCAGUGCAAAGAAGCAAAAGACUCUGUCAUCUGCCCCCGUCCAAACUACCUCAGCUGCUGCAGAUGGCUCUGUGUUGCCCCAAACCCAGCCACCAGUCGCGUCCUGUGACCAACAGUUGCGGAUCCCAGAAACCCCCACCCAGCAGCCUUCCAAAUUUUGGACCAACGAACUUAGGAUCUCCUUGCUUGUCGCCGUCCUGAAGGAACUCGGCCAUACAAUUCCGGAGAAGACCUGGCACCAGGUGGCCGAAAACCUCAAACCGAUGAAGCCUAACAUCUCAUGGAAUGGCGCUCGCUUGGAGUUCGGCCGUCUCAAGAGAGAACAUUUCCCCAAUGCUACGCCAGCACCGAGCGGCCGACACGAUCAGCCGGCUCAAAACUCGAAGGACGAGGAUUAA